AGAUGAGCCAGAUGAGCCAGAUGAGCCAGAUGGGCCAGAUGAGCCAGAUAGAUGAGCCAGAUGAGCCAGAUGAGCCAGAUGAGCCAGAUGAGCCAGAUGAGCCAGAUGAGCCAGAUGAGCCAGAUGAGCCAGAUGAGCCAGAUGAGCCAGAUGAGCCAGAUGAGCCAGAUGAGCCAGAUGAGCCAGAUGAGCCAGAUGAGCCAGAUGAGCCAGAUGAGCCAGAUGAGCCAGAUGAGCCAGAUGGGCCAGAUGAGCCAGAUGAGCCAGAUGAGCCAGAUGAGCCAGAUGAGCCAGAUGAGCCAGAUGAGCCAGAUGAGCCAGAUCAAAUGAGCCAGACUCAGCUGCCAGAGGAGCCCGAGGAGCCACAGGAGCCAGAAGAGCCAGAGGAGCCAGAGGAGUCAGAAGAACCAGAGGAGCCUGAGGAGAAGAGCCAGAGGAGCCAGAGGAGCCAGAGGAUUUCUUGGUCGAUUUUGACAACCAAUACGUCGUUGCUUUUCCUUUUUCACUGGCUCACCUUUCUCUGCUUCCGAAAUGCGAUGCCGUCCACCUGGAAAGCCUUGAGGAGCCAGAGGAGCCAAAGGAGCCAGAAGAACCAGAGGAGCUAG